CAGAAGGAUUUGGGCCAAUCAGAGAGCUUGGUGGGAGGUUCUGAAGCUGCCGGUUUUGCCUUUAUAAAGUGUAGCUCUGUUAACAGAGGUAUUGUUUUCCUGUUCUUCGGCGAGAAGGUGUUGACAGAGGCCAGAGUGAUGCUGCCUGUAGUUGUGUUUACGUUGUGCCUUGCUGCGGGCCUAUCGGCCCCCAGUCUGGACCCCCAGCUGGAUGAACACUGGAACUUGUGGAAGAGCUGGCACAGUAAAAACUACCAUCAGCGAGAGGAGGGCUGGAGACGAAUGGUGUGGGAGAAGAACCUGAAGAAGAUCGAGCUGCACAACCUGGAGCACUCCAUGGGCAAACACACCUUCCGACUGGGCAUGAACCACUUUGGCGACAUGACUCACGAGGAGUUCAGGCAGAUCAUGAAUGGCUACAAGCAGAAAGCUGAGAGGAAGGUGAAGGGGUCCCUGUUCAUGGAGCCCAACUUCCUGGUGACCCCCCGUGCUCUUGACUGGAGGGACAACGGCUACGUCACCCCCGUAAAGGACCAGGGUCAGUGCGGCUCCUGCUGGGCUUUCAGCGCCACUGGCGCUCUGGAGGGCCAGGUGUUCAGGAAGACCGGCAAACUGGUGUCUCUGAGCGAGCAAAACCUGGUGGAGUGCUCCAGACCCCAGGGCAACGUGGGCUGCAGCGGUGGUCUGAUGGACCAGGCCUUCCAGUACGUUGAGGACAACCAGGGUCUGGACUCCGAGGCGUCCUACCCGUACCUGGGAACCGACAACCAGUCGUGUCACUACGACCCCAAGUUCAACUCCGCCAACGACACCGGUUUCAUCGACAUUCCCAGCGGCAGCGAGCGCACUCUGAUGAAGGCCGUGGCCGCCGCCGGACCCGUCUCUGUAGCUAUUGAUGCAGGUCAUGAGUCCUUCCAGUUCUACCAGUCAGGAAUCUACUAUGAGAAGGGGUGCAGCAGCGAGGAGCUGGACCACGGCGUGCUGGUGGUGGGAUACGGUUUCCAGGGGGAGGAUGUGGACGGCAAGAAAUACUGGAUCGUUAAGAACAGCUGGGGUGAAAGCUGGGGUGAUAAAGGCUACAUCAAGAUGGCCAAAGACAGGAAGAACCACUGCGGCAUCGCGACAUUAGCCAGUUACCCUCUGGUCUGAUGGCUGCAGCUUCACCUCGUAGCUUCAGUGUUAUUACUGGAACAGUUUGGCUGAAGAGAAGAAUGAAACUUCGGUCGGACGGAAGCAUCAGCAGGAGAUUCUGCUGCUCUUCAUGAAGAGGAAACUUGGUCUUUUAGGGAAAAGAAGCCAUUUUGCUAUGGCCUGGUUUUAUGCCACUUUAUUUUUUUUGUCUUUAAAAUUGUAGUUUUAUUCUCUGUAAAUAUGCGUAUGCUACUCUGGAAGUGAUUCAUUAACCCUGGCUUUGGUCAUUGUAAAUGAUUUUUUUUUUUUUUUCUACUUUUACUGUGAUCAAUUAAAGAUGUAAAACACUAAAA